AUGAAUAUUGAUUAUAUUAAAAAUCAAAAAGGUUUAUUACAUAUUCUUCGAUUAUUUAUUCUUAUAAUUUGUAUUAUUUUUAUAAAUAUAUUAUCAUGUGGUCAAAAUGCAUUUGGUGGUCAUGCAAAUAUUAAUUCAACAUCAGAUAGUGAAUUUAUUCAUAUAAUUAUGUGGGUUGCAUUAGCAGUAGAUAGUUUUAUUUUCUUAUGUCGAAUGUUUGAACAAGAUGAUGGAACAAGUCAAACAUCUUUAUUAGUUGAUGCUGCAUUUAGUCUUAUCUAUUUUGUUGCUUUUGUUAUUUUACUUGUAUCAUGGAUAAAAUGUUCAAAUACAAAUACAUUAUUUUGUAAUGGUAAAUACAAAUGUAUUGUUCAUAUUUUACCUACUAUCGGUGCUCUUGCUUUAACAAUACUUUAUAUAUAUCAUGAUGUUCAACGUUCGAUUCAAAAAUUAAAUUCUGUUUAA